AUGGAAAGUAGAAGAACAUUUUUUAGAGAAAAUGAAGAAGUAAAGAAAAAAUUAGAAACUGUUAUGAACAUUAUAAAUAAAGAUGAUGAUAAAUAUAUUUUAGAUAAUUUUAAUAUAAUAUUAGAUAAUUUAUCUUAUUUAAAAAAUUGCUUAAAUAGUUAUAGAGAAGUAAAAAAUGUUUUAGAUCCUCAUUUGAAUUUAUUAGUACAUUCAUUCUUAGAUAUUUUGAAAAAAUCUUUUAAAAAUGUUCAGUAUAUUAUAUGCCAUUAUAAAAAAAAUUUAAAUGAGGAAGAAAAGAAAAGAAAUGAAAAUGAAAAUGAUAAUAUAAAUGUAGAAAUAAAUAAAUAUAAUAAUAAUAAAAAUAAUAAUAAUAAUAAUAAUAAUGAUGAUGUUAAUAUUAAUUGUGGUACUCUACAAAUAUGUAGAGAAAGACAAUUUAAUUCUGAUUUAUCAAAACAAAAUUUAAUAAGUGGAAAUAAUUGUAAUAAUAAUUCACUUGAAGAUAAAGAAAAAAGAAUACAUUCCAUGAUGAAUAUAGAUAGUGUAGCGAAUAAAGAAAUUAUUAACAACAAGAUUUAUUAUCAUAAUGAUGAUUAUUCUUAUAUAACAUAUAUGAAUUUGAAAACAAAUUUAAAAAGUAAAUAUUCUGAUGAUGAAAUGUUAAAUAUCUAUAUAAUAAUUAAAGAAAUAUAUAAAUAUUAUAAUACACUUAUAUCAGUGAGAGGAGAGAAAAAAAUAAAGGCUCUUUUUACAUGUAAUUCUUUUUAUUUAGAUAAUAUUGUUGAUUUAUUACUUUUAUUAAAAAGAGAAGAGAAAAUAUUUGAAUAUAUAAGUAAUUUAGUAUACAACAAGACAGGUGAAAACAAUUCUUGGGUUUUUUCAUAUAUUUUAAUAAUAUGGUUAUCUUUUUGUUUAUAUAUACCUUUCAAAUUAAUAGAUAUAGAUAAGGAUAUGUUAAAUAAAAUUGAAGAAAUUUAUUAUUAUUAUAUAAAAAAAAAUGAAAAAUCAAAAGAAGCCUGUUCUAUAUUAUAUCCUAAUUUUUUACGUAGACCUGAUGUGUAUGAAUCUAAAAUAUAUUUUUAUCAUUUCUUUCUUAUUUCUAAAGAAAUAAUAAUGAAAUUAAUAUAUAUAGAUUCAGAAAAGGAUAAAAGUAAAGAAUCGAAAGAUGAAUCAUUUUAUAUUAUUACAAAUAAGGAAUUUCCUUCUUAUUGUGACAAUAUGAAGUUUAAUAAUAUAAUUUUACAUGGUAUUUUAUUAACACAUAAAAGGGUAUUGAAGAGAGUAGAAAAGAAAAUACUUUUGAACUACAAAAAGUUUUAUAAUUACUUUUUAAUACAGAAUUAUAAAUAUUUAGAUUUUACUGAGACUUCAAAAGCAUUAAAAAUUUUAUGUUUAGGUUAUUAUGCAUUAUUAUUCUUAGAAAAAAAUGAAGAUUAUAACGAUGUGACAAAAACACAUGAUGAAAAGAAUAAUAAUGUGAAUUGUAAUAAUGAUAUAUUAAAUAAAAGAAAAGAAGAAACAAAAAAUGAAAAUAAUAUAUAUAAACUUAAUAAGAAAGGUACUUUAUUCAAGUCAAAUAUUUGUUUUAAUAGUUUAGAUUAUGAACAUAUGUAUAAAGAUCAUCCACUUUUUCAUACGUUACCUAUGUAUCUAAAUAUCAAUGAUGCUUUUAUAGAAUAUAAGAGAGCUCAUGAAAAUAAACAUUUUGAUAUGUUGGAAAAAAAAAAUUUUAAAAUUAAGGAUAAUUUAAAAAAAGAAAAAGAUAAUAUAAAUACAAGUGAUAAUAUGAUUGUACAUUUUAAUUAUAAUAAUACUACUGAUAUUGAGAAGAAUAAAUGUGAAGAUGAUGUAAUGGGUCAUGAUAAAAAAAAUAAUAAUAUUAAUAAUAAUAAUAAUAAUAAUAAUAAUAAUAAUAAUAAUAAUAGUAAUAUUAAUAAUAAUAUUAAUAGUAAUAUUAAUAAUAAUAAUAAUAUUAAUAAUAAUAAUAAUAUUAAUAAUAAUACUAAUAUUAAUGUUAAUAUUAAUAGUUAUAGUAAUAAUAAUAUAUAUUAUAAACCAAGUUAUGAAGAACAAUUAGAACAUAUUAAAAUUGUUGGAGGGAAAAGAUUCAUUUGUGAAAGUCAUAUUAUUGAAAUACUUAAUAUAUUUUUUUUUUAUUUUAAUGAUAAAAAUAGUUAUAUUAGAUGGUGUUUAUCAAAAAGUUUUGGUAAUAUUAUGAUAUAUUUAAAUAUAGAUAAUAUUAAUAUUGUUAUUAAUAAUUUUGAUGAUUAUACAAAAUAUAAUGAUUAUAAUAUACUAUGUACAAUUAAUUAUACUUUAUUCCAUUUUUUAUUUAAUAAAAAUAUUAUUUCACUACAUAUUUUAAAUUAUCUAUUAAAAAAAAUAAUAUAUAGUUUAUAUUCAGAUAAUGUUAAAAUAUAUCCUAGUGCCUUUGUAUUAUUAUAUAGCUUAUUUAAAUAUAAUAAAUAUAUAAAAAUGAAUUUUGAUAAUAAUGUGACUAGUAUUAAUUACUUUUUAUUUCAUCUUAUAUUUAUUAAAUUGAUUAUUUUCUCAUUAUUUGAGGAUAAUAUUAAUAUUAGAAAAUCAGCUAUGUCCUUAUUACAGAUAUAUAUAGGAAAAUUUAAUUUCUUUUAUGAAUUAAAAUAUAAAAAUAUAUUAGAUAAUAAUAACACACAAAUUGAACGUACAUAUAUUAAUAAUAAUAAAACAGAAGUGGGACAUACAUAUCUUAAUAAUAAUAAUAAUAAUAAUAAUAACAUUUGUAUUAAUAAUUUAGUUGCAAAUAUUCCGUUAAAAAAUAAUCUACAUAAUCAUGAAGAAAAAAAAAAUAUUAUUCCAUAUUUUACAGAUAAAGCAAAAGGAAACUUAAAUAAUUUAUUAGAACAUAAUAUAUAUAUAACAAAUAGUAUAAAUAAUCAGGAACAUUUUUUUGAUCGUAUGCUAGAUUUUAUUAACUUAUUUUUUAAUCAUUCAGAUAUAAGUACCUAUUACGAAAAUGUUAGAAAUAUGUCAAAUGGAUUUUUAGAUAAUUCUAGAAUAAAUAUUCCAUUGAUAAAAUAUACUAUUGAUAAUAAAAAUAUUAACAUUGAUGAUAAUAAAAAUAUUAAUAUGAAUGAUAAUAAAAAUAUUAAUAUGGAUGAUAAUAAAAAUAUCAAUAUGGAUGAUAAUAAAAAUAUUAACAUUGAUUAUAAUAAAAAUAUUAAUAUGAAUGAUAAUAAAAAUAUUAAUAUGGAUGAUAAUAAAAAUAUCCAUAUUGAUGAUAAUAAAAAUAUCCAUAUUGAUGAUAAUAAAAAUAUCCAUAUUGAUGAUAAUAAAAAUAUCCAUAUUGAUGAUAAUACCAAUUAUCUUAAUAUUUUUUAUGAAAGAAAUCAUAAAUAUAUGAACAAAAUAAAAAGAGAUAUUUUUAAUAAGAAUAUUGAAUUAUUACAAACGUGUAAUUUUAAUGAAUUAAUAAAUUUAAAAAAAUCUAUUAUUAUUAAAACAAAAAUGGUGUGUAAUUUUUUUUUAUAUAAAUAUCCAAUUAUUUAUCAUUUAUAUUCCAAUAAAUUAUUCCAUGAGAAUGUAAAUGUACGAUUAUUGUCUUCUGAAUCCUUAUCUAAUUUAUGUGUUGUUGAUUGUGAUUAUUUUAUUUAUGUUGUUCUUCCAUUUUUAAUAAAAAAAAGUUAUGAAGAGAAUGUUUUAAUAAAACAUGGAUCUAUAAUUUGUAUUUCCAAAAUAUUAUUAAAAUUAAAGAAACGAAUUAAUGAGAAUUUACAAAAUGAUAUAAAAAAUAUUAUUAUCUAUAGUGAAAAAAAAAGAAUUUAUAAAUAUAAAAAAGGAGAAAUCUUAAGACAUUCUUUAUGUUUAUUAAUUCAAAGUAUAUGUCAAUGUAACUAUUUUCUUGUAAAAAAAAAUACUUGCACAUUUUUUAAAGAUAUAUUAAAUAAUAAUUUAUUUCAUUAUAAUGAAAUUAUUCAAUUUGAAGCUUCCAAAAUUUUUUAUUAUUUGCCUAUAUAUUUAUUAAGUAAACAACAUACUAUUGAAUUUAUAUAUCAAGUAUUCUUUAAUAUUAUUAAAAAAAAAAACAAUUUUCUUCAUUUAAAAGGAUAUUUUAUACUCUUAUGUUUUGUCAAUGAUACUAUUAUUCCACAUGUAUGUUCUGAACUUGUACAACUUUUUUAUUAUAUUCUAAAAAAAAAUUCAACCCUUUAUAAAACCAAACAUAAAUAUUUUAUUAAACACACAAAGGAAAAUAUACAAAAUGUCAAUGAGGAAUAUACCAAUGAUUACAAUGAUAUAAAAAAGGAUGUUCAUUUCUUUAAAAAAAUUAACUUUGAAACUUAUCCCAUUGAUUAUAAUAUGAAAAUCUUUUGUUUACUUGCACUCUUUAAUGUUGUCAAUAACUUAAGGAAUAUAUAUAUAUCCGAUUUCUUGAAGGUUUAUACUAAAUGUACCAUAAAUUUUAAGGGCUUAAUUAAAUCCAUAAAUCCAAAAAUUCAUAAAAAAAAAAAUAUAAAUAACAUAAAUAUUCAGGAUAUGGACCAUUUCAGUAAUAGUACAAAUGAAAGUAAUGACAUGGACAAUUGUUAUUAUGAAAUUGAAAAUAAUAAAAUAGAUUGCUUAAAAAAAAAAGCUAGUUACCUGAACGGUUCAGGUAAUAAUUCAUCAAAUGGAAAAGCAUUGGAGGAUAAUUUAAAAAAUGAUAGAUUAUAUAAAAAUAAUAACAUUAUUAAUAAUAAUAAUAGUAAUAAUAACAAUAAAAUUGAUGAUAAAGAUUUUUGUGUUGAAAAAGAUUCGGUGGAUAUUAAUUAUAAUGAACUAACAAUUCCUUUAAACGUUUCAUAUCAUAAAAAAAAAAGACGAAAAAGAAAUACGAGUUUUUAUAUAAAAAAAGAUAUCAAUUUUAUAAAGAAAGAAAUAAGUUGGGAUAAUGUUUUAGAAAAAAGUAAAAAGAAAAAUGGAGGUAUUCAUAGUGAUAUACUUGAGUACAAAUUAAAUAUAAACAAAAUAACAAAAAUAUUAAUUUUAUAUUUACAAGAAUAUGUAUAUGAAAAUGAUAUAGGGGAUUCCCACAUUUUUGUAAGAGAAAUAUGUUUGGGAUUAACCAUAUUUUUAUUAACAUCUUAUCCGUUAUAUUUUUUUAAAAAAAGAAAUAAAAAUGUUCAAAAUGUAAAAAAUAUAGAAAAUAUAAAAAAUAUAGGAAAUGUUAUAAAUAAAUAUAAAGACAACAUUAAACAAAAUAAUGAUGAUAUAAGUAUAUGCAAGGCGGAUACAUGUUCAUGUGAACAAAAAUUAAAUUAUACAAAUGAAAAAUCUUCAGAUAAAAACAAAAAUAUGUUUUUAAGUAAAAAUUAUUUUUAUGAACAAUUUGAAUCUGAUAACAGUUAUGAAGAUGAGGAUGAAGAACAUGUUAGUGACAAAAAAAGAACAGAUGAUAUAUUAAAAAAUGAGAAAGAAACUUAUUCUAUAUAUAUUUUAUAUAAUAUAAAAAAGAAAUAUAUUAAUAUACUUAUUCAAUUAUUAUUAAAAUUAUUAUGUGAGAAAAAUAUGAGAACACAUAAAAUGUGUUUAUUUUUAUUAAAUUAUUUAUAUAACUAUGCUAUAUUUAAUACUAAAGUGAAAAGAAUGGCUACAUUUUCUUUCCAUAAUGUAUUUAAUAAAUAUUGUCAUGAUUUUUCGUAUGAAUUAUUUCUUAAAAAAAAAAUUGAUGAUAAUAUAAGGAAAAGCAAAAUGAAUAUAUAUAAUUAUUUAAAUACUUAUUCUGAUAAUAUUUAUAAUGUGUUUGAAAAUAUAAUUAUUCAUACAUGUGAUUAUUAUCAACCAUUAUAUUUAAAAGAAAAUAAGGACCAAAAUAUAGAAUUUGAAAAAGAAAAUAUACAUAAUAAUCCUUGUUUUUGUAUGUAUGAAGAAGAGAUUACUUCCUUAUUUUUAAAUAAAAAUUAUAAGUUUAAUUUGAUAAAAACGAUAUUUAACAAAAUAAAUAAUUUUAUAUAUUUAUACAAUUAUGCAUUAAAAUAUGCUAGCUCUUCUAUAUUUCAUAAGAAUAAAUAUAUAUCCACGCGAAAAGGGUUAAUUAAAGGUCACACUGAAAUAGAUAAUAUGGAAGGCUGUGAUAAUAUGAAUAAAACAAAUAAUGUGAAUAAUAUGAAUGAUAAUUUAGAUAGUGCAUGUAAGAAUAAUUGUGGAUUUAAUAUAAUCACGGGAAAUGAAAAAAAUGAUGAUUUGUGCUUUGAUUCCAUUUUUGACAACAUACAAAUAAAUAACGAUUUUAUCGAUGAAAUGAAUAUGAGUGAAAAUGAGGAGCAGAUUACUAUAGAAGAAGAAGGAUUAAUAAAAGAUGUUCACUUUCUUUUAGAUAAAGCAAAAAAAAAUAUUAGUGUAGUUAAAUGUUUAGAAUAUAAUGAGACAUAUUUGUAUAAGCAUAUAUUUUACUUAUUAUUUUUGAAUAAAUAUAAUUAUUAUAUAAUUAAUGGUUUUUUUAAUAGUUUAUGUUAUUAUUCUUCUUAUAGUGAAUAUAGUAAUUAUGAAUACACCAAUUUGAUUAAGAAAGGAAAAGAAAAAUCUAUUGAAUUUUUAUUCUUAGAGUUUUUACAAACAUAUAAGAAUAUAUAUACCUUUGGAUAUAUUAGAGAUGACAUAUUAUUUUUGUAUAUACGAUAUUAUAAAAAAUAUUAUGUAAAUUAUGAUUAUUCUAUUGUUGAUAAUAUAAUUUAUCAAUAUAAUAAUAAUAAAAAUAAAAAGUCCCAAAAAAUAUUAUUAUAUCCAUAUAAAAAUAAAUAUGAAAACAUAUUAGAUAAUAAAGAAAAUGAAAAUAUUCAUAUGGAUCAAAAUAUGCAAAAUGUUUUUAACAAGUGUGAUAAUUUUUCUAAUUGUUCAAAUUAUAUGGAGAAUUAUUUUUCUCUUUUUAAUUAUAAUAUGCAUGAUAUAAAUUUGAAAGAAAUAAUAUCAUUAGAAAAGAAGUGUAGGCACUUUAAUUAUUCAUAUAAUAUAUUUAAUAAUUAUAACAUUUAUUUUGAUGGAAAUAUAAUUUUAUUUUAUAAUAAUGUUGAUUGUGAUAAUAUAAAUAAAAGUUUACAAAAAAAAAAAAGAAUGAAAGAAAAUAAAAAAAUAAAAAAAGAGCAACAUGAAAAAAUUGAAUUAUUACCAUAUGUAAAUAUAUGUCUAAUUAAAAUUUUAUAUUUCUUAAAUAAUUUUAAUUUAGUACAAUUAGAAAUAUUUUUAAAGAGUGUUAAUUCAUUUAUUAAAUCAUCUACAAUGAAUAAUUUUGCAGCAUAUACUUUUCUACAUUUUUUUCUUUUAUCACUGGAUAAAUAUAAUUCAUUUGCUCUUAUUAAAACAAUAUCUGAGGUUAUUAUAAAUAUUUUUAUGUGUCCAACUAUUCACAAUAAUAUAAAACGAUUGGCUAUGUUCUUGAUUCUUCAAUUAUUAGUACACAGGUAUCCCAAGAUUCGAGAAUUUACAAAUGAAUAUUUUUAUGCAAAUAUAAAUUUCAUAUCUCCUAGCGAAUUUAAACAUUAUUUAUUUAAUAGUUAUGAAGAUUUAGAAAGUAUUAUUUCUAUAUUGAUAAAUACUCAGUUUUCAAUUAUGCUAAAGAAAGAGAAUUGUCAUAUAAAAUUAGCAGUAGAAGAAAUAUCGACUCUUUUAAAUAUUCCUUAUUAA